AUGUCUUCAAAGGUAUAUGGUUCAGAAGACAAUGUAAAUUUUGGGCUUGAUCUUACCCCUGGGAGCAAAUGUUUGCUGGCAAUUGUUCCAGGAAUAACACCUGACAGGUUAAACAAAGAAAAUCUAGAACAGCUAUUAGGAAAUUACACUCCAGUUAUCACUGUAUCAUCAUCUUCAGCUAGUGAAUUAAGGUCCUCAAAGUUCAUGAAUCCUUUUAAUGAUACCAAUUCGUCAGAACCAAAAAAUUCCAAAAUAAUCACAAAUGAUGGGUUGCAAAGUUCAAACUCGUCAAAUUUACAAUAUUUAUUACCUCCUAUUUCGUUCAGCGACAACAACCGGAGCAAGCACGAGAAAGAAGAAUCAAGCUUUUUAGAUAGAAACAACCCAUUAUUUGCCCGGGGAACAAAAUAUGCUUUUCAACCUUCGAGAAAUUUGCCUCACAAUGGCGACACUCUCUUGGUUAGCUCUCCUAUACUUCAAAACCAAGAUGUCGUUAUCGAUAAAGAUCUAUUGACUUCAGAAGCAGAUAGUUAUCACGAGAAUUUAUAUCCAUGGAUUCCGAAGCAGGGAUCAGAAGGAUGCGAUUCGUUUGUACAAAGCUCUCUAAUUAGACAACCUGAAGAAACCACUCCAGAUAAACGCUCAUACAUCAAAAAAGACAGAUUUACAGAACAUGCAGAUAUACAGAUUCCCGCUUCAGAUUUUGAGUCAGAAUCUGAUUCACAUGUAAUAAGUAGUAAAAAAAGAAUUAGGAAGAAAAGGAAAUGCAAAAGCAGUGUUGCGAAAAGCUUAUCUCUUGCAUGUCUGAUGACACCUGAGCAUCCUCGCAAAGAACUAAAUAAACUAUCGAAAAAAAAGCUUGAUAAAGAAACAUAUGAUAUAUCAUUGUGUUCUGGAGACUUGCGAGAUCAAGAUAACUCAGAGAUUGUUACCAAAGAGGAUGAUGAAUACUUGCCAGCGUAUAAGAUAACCAGAAGUAAAAGUCGGAAAAACAGAUUAAGCCUAAACAAUUAUUCUGACGUGAACGUUCACGACAAAAAAAAAAAAUAG